AUGCGUCAUGACCGGACCACUGACUCCGAUGGCCAGUCUGCUCUUACCCGCGCUAUCCUGGACCUUGCAUUUUCGCCCCCAAACACUAGAUACCUACGAGCACCUUUUGGUGGAGAAGGUGUGCAGGUGCCUCUUAUCACCUCGACGGUGAUACGACCAGGCGACGACAUAUGGAUGUGGUACCACAACCAAAAACCCUCCGACUACUAUUCUACUAGACUGGACGUCUCCAGUUCGGCCGAGUCCAAAGCUACAUUUAUCCAAGAAUGGCUUUAUUUUGGGCUUCUCGCGGUUCUUUGCGACACUGCUAUCACAGGAUAUAACUUUUCGACUCGUGGGGAGCGCCGACUCAGAGUUGUAAGCUCGGAGCUAGUUAAAUCGAAAAUCAUCAAUAUGCAGGUCAGUGUGCUGCAAUUACCAGAGAAAGAGAGCACGGACGUACUACAGCGGCAUAGUAUGAUACUUUCGGAUGCGAACGGAGCAGCUCAUUGGGCUGAGAGCCAUUUCACUGUGCGCUCAAACUCCAGUGAAUCUAUUGACUUGAUACUAUUAUCCGUCAAGGUACUGAUUAGCACCAUCUCUCGUUCUUAUCAUUGGACAUAUGACAGACUUCGCCGGCUCCAAAAAGCAAGCGAUUGGUUCUCUGUUGCCAAUAGACAAGGCGAUAAGUUUACGGCUGCCGGUCGAGCUAUUGAAUUCAAAAUGAGAGAGAAUGGGUGGUGUGUACAUCAGAUACACAAAGUACUUUCCACUUUCAGCUAUCACACAGCUUACUACUUCGCAAGACUGCCACGGCCAGGAAGCGCAAAAUUUGUGCACGAGAGCUGCUCCAAGAAUUCAUGUAAAGGCUGGAACUCCCAGCCUGGCGAUACCAGUGCUCGUCAUGCGACGGAUACGUGUACUUGUCCAACUAUCAGCAUAUCUUCGGUAGAUGUGGCGAAGGUCAUUCAAGGCGGCCACAUCCCACUCGUGUCUAUUGAGGAAGAUGUCCAUGGGAGACUUGUAUUGAAACUUCAUACUAAGCAAUGGCAUUCGAGAUAUGUUGCUAUAUCUCACGUAUGGGCUGAUGGUCUGGGAAAUGCUUUUGAGAACGGUCUUCCAACGUGCCAACUUCGCAUGCUCCAAACAUAUUUUGCCCAGAUUGCCAUACGUAGGCCGAACUUGUCGACUUGCACGAUGACUACAACAAAUACCCUCUUUUGGAUGGACACAUUGUGUAUCCCGGUGCAAACGGCGCCUCCAGCAGAAUCCAUUCCUGAAGAAAUCCUCCAAGACGUCAAAGGAAAGGCAAUCGACAGAAUGAAUCUUGUCUACGCAUCCAGUCAGCAUACGCUUGUUCUUGACGCAGAGUUAAGGAUGAUACCUAUGGCAACUAAUCAUACUACUAAGCUCGCUUACAUACAGUGUUGCGGGUGGACAACCCGAUCCUGGACUCUGCAGGAAGGUUACUUGCCUCCUUCAACUAUCUACGCUUUUUCUGAUGGCAUCUAUUCUCAUAAUACUGCACGGCUCGACGUCCCACAAUCCCCACCACCUGUUCGUGGCAUCAAUGGUCUACGCGUCAGCCCUUUAGACCCCGAAUUCCCAGCACGGCAAUUUGACUCAUUGGUGCAGCGAGAGAUCUGGGCAUUAUCUUCAGUUCAAUAUCUCGGCAUCUGGGGUCCCUCCAAGCCAAGAAUAACAAGAUGCCCCGAAGUCUUGCUUCGCGACAGAUUCGCUAGAGUUUGGAAUGAGCUACUUGACCGUGUUUCGAGCCUACCUGCCGAUACACCUGCAAUAUUGGCCAAUCUGCUUGGCGUAAGUGCGUACGAGGUACUAAAAAGAAAGACUGAACAGGAACGGAUAGCCCUGAUCAUCCGACAGCAGAAGGUGCUACCUGUAGAGCUGCUUUUCAACACAGGUCCGCGCUUACGAGGAAGAUUGAGUACGCACCUUUCCGAGUCUCGAGCUGGGUCACAAAUGCAGCACCAUGUUACUGCUCAGGAAACCACACCAGAAGAAUCUAUCGGAAUACUGGAGAUUUCAACGCUUCAAACGCAAUCUUUCAAAAAUGGUUGGGUACCUGCGUCGAUAGAAGGUGACAAAUGUUUACAGACCCUCGAAGCGAAGUUUUACUUACAGGUCCUCGAGGAUCGUCUCCAGUACCAUAACAACGGGAGAGAAUUUGCUCCUAUCUUCUUGUGGACGUCUGUAGGCCCCUCUGUUCCUAUACCUACGUUUGUGGUGGAUCUUCAGUGUGUCGUGCUCGAGAAUCAUGUUUGUGAUGCGGCAUGCACAAGCCACGGAUUUAUCACUAUCGACAUAUUGGUCGAUAGCCCACCACUCAGAGCCCAAGAUCGAUCAAAAGAAAGGGUACUCGGACAUUGCUUUAUGUUUGACCCUGGACCGAUGCGAGCCUGGUUACUUGGCCGUGUGGAUUCUGCUCCUGGGUGCCAUCUUAUGAUCUUGAGCCGGUCUGAUGGACGCAUCGCUACACGCUACAGCAGCCCCAUCCGGAUAAAUCGAUUUACAGAGGAGACACAGGCCUUGAGAAGAUUCCCAACGCUUGGGUGCAAAUGUAAUUGCCCAGAUUGCCUUCCUAAGCGACAAUACGUCGAAAUACUGUAUGAUGGUGAUGACUUAGGCCCAUUACUUCCCACUCAUUCGGAACCGCCCUCGCAGCUCAUUCAAAGAUAUUGGUUUACUCCAUGGGCCACCUUCGCAGUACACUUCACAAUCCUGGAUGGCUUAAUAUCGUAUAUGAUUACCUUUCCCGACCCGAUUAGAACUCUCUAUCUAUCUUUGCCUACAACGAUCAUUAUACCGUGGUUGGUAUACCUCUACCAAAGUACUAUCUUGCGGCAGGCAGCGAAACGACUACUUCUCAAGCCACUCAGUGAUGGAAGGCAACCAAGCCGUCUUUUGAGAUUUUUCAUAAGAAAUCCUCAACAUCUUAUAGAUGCUGCUAUGGUUGCUCAUUGA